AUGGUCCAAGCUUUCCCCAUCUAUCUGUCGCGGCAGCGGGAGCUGCUGGCUACGUGGAUCAUUCUGCCCAUGUUAUCGACGAUUACAGUCGGGCUCAGAUUGUAUGCCAAGACAAAGACCAGGGCUGCUUAUGGCUGGACUGACUGGAUGAUAUUGGUAUCUCUCUUCUUUACCGACCUCUUCUUUGUUCUUCUUAUUCUGAUGCUUGUAUAUGGAGGCAUCGGCAUACCUGGAUACCCAUAUAGUAGCACCACAGAGCCAACCGACGUCUCUUUAAUCCACGAUCAGAUCGGUUUCGCCAAUAAUGUGGUCCUCGUGCUCGCAGUUUACGCAUGCAAAGCUUCCAUCCUUUUCCUAUAUCUUCGCGUCUUUACAGGCCACAAUGGCCCAAUGAACAUCAUUAUCUAUGCUGCAUCAGCAAUCACUAUGGUAUGCUUCUUGGGAAGUUUUAUCGGAUACCUCGCAGCCGUACGUCCGCUCGACAAGUGGUGGGCCUGGGGCGAUGCCACAGCAGAACAGUUUCUAGCCAUGCAGAACAUCAACAUCGCCUAUGACAGCCUGACAGUUUUUACCGACUUUUUGAUCUUUGUACUUCCGCUCAAGUCAAUCUGGGGACUGAAUAUGAAUCGCCCCAAAAAGAUUGGUAUCAUCGUGUCGUUUUGCUUCGGCUUCAUCACCUGUUUCAUUUCACUUGCACGAGUUGUCUUCACACAUGGCUACCAAUGGAAGAAUCUAUACGACGAAGGAACUGUAUGGAGUCUCGCAGGUGUCGAGCCAGUGGCAGGGAUCAUCUCCGCAUGUCUCCCUGGAUUGCGUCCACUGUUGCCCAAGACAUUCAAGAUGACAUCUUAUGGCACUCCUGCGAACCCCAGUCGAUUCAGGACUACUGGCACUACAACAACAGAUAAUGCCAAGAAGAGUACCAUCAAGGACCCUAACCCAUUUACGGUCCUCAAUGAUGAUAGUUCGGUGACAGAGUUCCGACAUACUGUCAGGGAGGUCCCUUCGAGAUCGGAGGUUAGUUAUAACCAUUAUUUGUCAUAUAGAGAUAGUAUUAAUGUUUCAGUUCUGGGUACCUUGGCAUUUGUAAGAAAUGUCAAUACAAUCUUCAACGUAGAUCGGUUCAAACUUUGA